AUGGAUCUUAUAGGUGAUAUUAUAGAAAAAGAAGUCCAUACAAGCAUUGCCAAUAAUUCUAACAAUAAUGACGAUUUGCUGAAUUUUGAUAUCGUAGAGAAAACUAUCGAUCCAUCUGUACAAAAUACUGGUUUUCCUGAAUUAUAUAAACCUAAAAAAAUAUCUUCUUGGAAACAAAGAUUAAAAGAAAAGAAAAAACAACAGCAACUACAACAACAACAGGAAAAGUCAAACACUACUACUACUACCACCACUACUACUAGAAUAUCUGGUAAUAAAAAUAAAUCAACAAAUUCAAUUAAUGAUGUAGACGCCAUCCACUUUGAAAAUUUAAAUGUUUUGAAAAGUAUGUCAAAUGAAGAAAUCCUUAAUGAACAAAAAGAAUUAUUAGCAACAUUAUCACCAAAGUUGAUACAGAACCUUUUGAAAAAUAUUAAAAGUAGACAAAAUAUCCAGGAUUCAGAAAAUCCUCCUUUAUUUGCCGAGAUUGAAGGUGCUUCUGGAACCUGGGUUGGUGGAAUUAAUGAAAAUCUACCUAAAUUAGAUCCAAAACAAGUUGGGUGGGCUUUGCACGGCAAAGAUCGUAAUGAAACUUUUGAAGAGAAGCAAGCAAACGAAAAGGAAAAAAUAAUCACAAACAAAACAAAACAUGUUAGUUUUAAUACAGCUCUACAAGCUGAACAUGUCGAAAAAGAAGAAGAAGAAGAAGAAGAAGAAGAAUUUAAUGACUUGGAUGAUAUUGCACCUUUAGAUUAUCAAAUGGCCCAAAGUAUUGAUCAUAUGACAAACGAAGAUUUAUUGAAAGAUGUCCAUUUCAUGAAAAAAUUGUCUCUUAAUGAAUCUGAUAAUGAAGAAGAUUUAAUAUCAUUAGACAUAAAUGAUCCAAAUUUUAAUGAAAGAUUACAUGAGAAAUUUUUCCCUGAUUUACCAAAGGAUAUUGAAAAAUUGAAAUGGAUGCAACAAGUGCCUGACCUACCGGGUAACGAUGACCCAUCUAAAUUUAUUAUCGAUGAUGUAUCAAUGGUCAGAUUCGAUUUUAACGGAAAUCUGGUACCUCCAACGAGAAAGAUCGAUAACACUAUCCGUUCAGGACUUCAUCAUCAUUCAACAGAUCCUCAAUUGGCAGGGUAUACAUUGUUAGAGUUGAACCGAUUGGCUAAAUCUACGUUUGCACCACAAAGAUGUAUCGCUAUCCAGACUCUUGGUCGUAUACUCUAUAAGCUGGGGAAACAAUCAUAUUAUCAAUUGAUCCCAGAAAUAGACUCUGACACUUACAAAGAAGAUGGUAGUAUACAAAAUGUUAUGAAUAAAAUAUACGCAAUGUUUUGGGAUCUAAUUAAAUCUGAAGAAAUAAUAUUGACUCUAGAAGUUGCAUCUGAUGAGAAAUUUACUAAAAAUUUAUCUGUUAGAACAUAUGGGAUAGACGCAUUAUGGUUGUGGAAAAAAGGUGGUGGUGAUUUUAGAAAGAAGACCAAUAAUUCAGAUACUAAAUAUAAGUAA